AAAGCGGGCGGAGCCCCGGGUCACCGGGCAAGGGUGUUCGCGCGCAGUCUUCGCUCCUGCUGCGGCCGGCCUCGCUUCGGUCUCCUCCGCUGCAGCAUGGGGCCCCUGCCGCGCACCCUGGAGCUCUUCUACGAUGUCCUGUCCCCGUACUCCUGGCUGUGCUUCGAGGUCCUGUGCAGGUAUCAGAAGAUCUGGAACAUCAAGCUACAAUUGCAGCCCACUCUCAUUGCAGGAAUCAUGAAAGAUAGCGGAAACAAGCCCCCAGCUCUGCUUCCUCGCAAAGGACAAUACUUGAAAAGUGAACUCAGUCUCCUGAAACACCAUUUCCAGGUUCCCAUCAAAUUCCCCAAGGAUUUCUUCUCUGUGAUUAUUGACAAAGGAAGUCUAUCUGCCAUGCGAUUCCUCACGGCUGUAAACAUGGAGACCCCAGAGAUGCUGGAGAAGGUGUCUAGGGAGCUAUGGAUGCGAGUCUGGUCACGGGAUGAAGAUAUUUCAGAGCCCCAGAGCAUCCUGGCUGCUGCAGAGAAGGCAGGUCUGUCUGCAGAGCAAGCCCAAGGCCUUCUGGGGAUGAUCUCCACAGCAGAGGUGAAGAAGAAGCUCAUGGAGGUCACAGAGGUGGCCUGCAAAUAUGGGGCCUUUGGACUGCCUGUCACCGUGGCCCAUGUGGAUGACCAAACUCACAUGCUGUUUGGCUCUGACCGAAUGGAGUUGCUGGCAUACCUGCUGGGAGAGAAGUGGAUGGGCCCUGUGCCUCCAGCCCUGAAUGCCAGACUUUAAGAUGGUCCUGCGGGCUCUUGGUAUCAACAAGCAGCCCGUCUGUCUAACCCUACUCAUUGGAGCACUGGACUUGGAUUUCUCUCUGAUAGGGAUGUUCCCUAGGGUCUCUCUCUUCUACCUGUCCCCAGGGAUGAUAGGGAAGGAGCCUCUCCUUAGCUGUGGUUACCUUUACUUCUGUGCCUCACUAGUGCCUUAUGGAAGCCCACAAAAUAAAACCAAUGCCAUCAGGCAAAACCUUUCUAGGACUGAGUCUGCCUGGUGGUGUUGCCAUACCCUCAAUCCUGCAUCACGUCCUUCUGCGGUAGAAGUGGAGCAAGAAGAGCCCCUUCAGGACUCAGAACCACAACCCACCCUGCCUGCUAUCCCCCUGUGAGGCAGACAUGGGGAAAUAAUCCCCACUUUUCUUACUCAGACACGUACUCGUCUCUUUCUGGGACAAAGGACUAAGGCACAUGAACUUUGUAACUAACCAGUUUGCCAAGAUAUGGAGUAGAUCAAUAAGUGCCCAUCAAUGAAAAAAGAAAAUGUGAUAUACAUGUACAAUAGAAUGGUAUUCAGCCUCACCAUAGAAAGAAGGACUGGGGAUAUAGCUCACCUGGCAGAGUGCUUGCCUUGCAAGCACAAGGCCCUGGGUUCAAAUCCCCAGCACCACUAAAAAAAAAAAAAAAUAGAAAUUCCAUGUGUGACAACACAGGAAAGCCAAAUACAUCAUACUGAUUCCAGUGAGCCAGGCACAGGAAGGCAAAUAUGCACAAUCUCACUUCCAUGUAAAAUCUCAAAAGGUCAAACCUGACAUAAGUGAAGUAGAACGGUAGUUACCAGAGACUGCGGUCAAAGGGUGGGAGUUGGAAACUGUUGUCCGAAGGGUACAGUUUUUCACAUGCUCAUCAUGGUGCCUGUAGUUAAUAAUAAUACAUUGUCUAUUUCCAAAUUGCUAAAGGAAGAUAUAUAUUAUUAUUCUCACUACAUAAAAGUGAUAAGUAAGGGCAUGGGUAUGUUAAUAGGCUCCAUGUAAUCAUUCCACAAUGUGUAUGCUUAUUAAAAACAUCACACUUUACCCUAUAAAUAUAAUUAUUUACAAGAUAAAGAUAUUAAAAUAUUACAUAAGUACUGUUAGAAAAAAAAAGAUGUAAUGAAAUUAUGAUUUUGUGAUGUUCCAUGUUUUGCCCUGUCCCCGCAGUGCUGUGCACACAGGCCAGCUUCAGGGGCUUGCAGCCUACACAUUCACAGGGCCUUGCAAAUGGCUUUGCUCUUGCAAUCACUGUCUUGAAAUUCUCCAUAAUUUUUAAUAUACAGCCCUGCAUUUUCAUUUUGCACUGGGCCCCACACAUUCUGUGGCUGUAGCUGAUCCUGUAAGCACGUAAUACCUGCUGAGAAAGCACUUCCCGAGUAAAUGGAGCAAAGAAGAGGGAAGAGAGGGAGAGAAGAGGAAAGAGAUGGAGGCAGCAAGGAGGAGGAGACUGCAAGGUCACAGGAGAGGAGAAUGAAGUUACAAAGUAGAAAAGUCAAAUGGAGAUUGCAGGACGUGACACCUCUGGGAAGGCAGGGCAGUUGAGUGACAGUGGGAGUCUGGGUGCAAGGUAAGAGUUUGGGACCUAUUACCCAUCAUCUUCCUUCUCGGAGGAGUUGCACCCCUUUAUCCAACAGCUAUUCCCACGUACAAGCCAAAGUAGAAGCAGAGAAAGGUGGCCAGAGGGCCAGAGGCUGGGAGGUCAACUGGACCACUGCUGACUUGUCCCAUCUCCUUGAUUCCAGCCAAGGAAGUCCCUUUAAUGCCUGGGGAAAGUAAAACCUUGGCUUGAAUCAGAUCCACACCUUUUGAAUUUUUAAUUUUUUAGAUAUCAGAAAUUUAUUAUAAAAGGCAUGGAAAGCAUUUUCAUGAUAAAAGACUAGAGAACUGCAGUGGAAGGGGCAGCUAGCUUCACAUGCUGCCAUUUGAAUAGUGAUUUUUUUUCCACUGUUAUGGUUUGGAUGUGAGGUGUCCCCCAAAAGCUCACGUGUGAGACAAU